AAAAAAACUAGAGCUUGUCCCUUGUCGUUAAAAUCUCCUGUUUGAGAAAACUUCGGCUUCCUGGUCAAAUCUUGCAACGGACAAAGGCAAGUGGAUAAAACAAAGUGCCGACAUUGCUCAGCUGAGAUCGGUCGGCGUUGUUUCCCAGGCUUGAUUUUCAUCACAGAGGGCCGAAAGCGAUGCUGAAAAUACAUGUUGUGAAGGUGGAGAACCCGUCCUGUAUCUGGGCUCGGGUGAUCUGUGGGCCGGCCGGCAGCGUGCAGAGCGCAGGGCAGUACGACGACCUCCAGGUCAGGAUGAAUCUGUUCUACCACGACGUUAGUCUGGACGUGAAGAGGCUGAAGCCGUCCCCGUUACAGGAGGGACAGGUGUGUGUGGUGUACUGGUCUGUGUGUAAGUCGUGGUGCCGGGCCGUGGUGGAGUCGGUGCUCCAGGACUCUGCGGCGUGCCAGGUUCACUGCCUGCUGGUCGACCACGGGGAGCACCUCAUCGUCCCGUCUGACCAGGUCCGAGUCGCCAUGCACAACUUCCUCCAGCUACCCUUCUGGGUCAGGAGGUUCCGGCUGGCGGGAAUCAAACCGACAACCCUGCAAGUGUCCAUCUGCGAGGAGAAGGCAGAGCUCAUUCCGUCUAGUGAGUGGGACAGCUCUGCGACGCUCUACCUGCACAACCUGCUGCAAGCUUCGACUGAGACCGACGUGGUGCUGUGUGAAGACGAGGCUGACUGCAGCUCCGUCGAGCUCUACCUGACCAUCAAGAACAUCAAGAUCUGUGUGAACGACGACCUGGUGGCUAAGAAGUUUGCGUACUACAGCAGAGCGUCGGAUCACAGCGGUGCGCUCGACGAGACGGACCGGCGUCCUGCCAUGUUGAAAUCCACCAUCUUAACCCUGACCGACACCUUCCUGUCCUCGAACGCACCGCCGGCACCAACCUGCUCUCCUCCUGUGGUGUCAGAGCCAGGUGAGCCUGUCGCCCGACCUGCUGAGCUGCCGAGCUUCACCUGCCUGCCACAGAAGAGCCCACAACAAGAGCUGGAGAUGUUGGAGGCGCGAAGGUCAAAGGUCAACAUGGAUACACAUGAGGCUUCUGACAGCCAAUCAGAGAGCAGCUCAGACUCUGCUGCACCUGCCGCUAAAAGUGACGGAUCAGGAGAAACGGACUCGUCCCUGUCUGCGGCUCUGAUGAAAAACCUCCAUCUGUUCAGGUUCUUGAAGUUUCUGAAUCCAAACUGCAGCACUCAGCCGGCCGCCACCUCCACUGCAGAGCUGAAUGAGGAUGAACCAGGAGAGACGACAGCUGCUGAAAACACUGCAGCCUCUGAGACCGACACAGAGCUGCACAGGUUAGACAUUGCAGUUGCAGAGGCUUCACACGUCGGUGACGCUGUAACACCGGGGGACCGAGCAUCGCUCAACACGGCCGCCAGAAGCAGAGAAAGUGGAGAUGAAGAUGUUUUCCUCAGCGAUGAGACUGAGUCUGGGCUGUCUGAAGAAGUGAGCGACAGCAGAGAGAGACAGGAGAGGCAGGAGGAAGAGACAGGCCAGGACAUGCAGGAAAUGGCCUGGGCUGGACUCGAACCCAGGCCGCUGUGCAGGGCAGCAGAGCCGCCGGCAGCUGCAGAGACGCUCAGUGAGUCGAGCAGCGAGGAGAAACUGGCCUGUUCACGGCUGUUGGAGUGGUUGAACCCGGACACUUUGAAACCUGAUCCAGAGACAGAAAACGGAUCGGUUGUUCCCAGUGUUCCCAGUGUUCCCAGCAGCAGCAGCAGCAGUGUCCUGGUGCACUCUGUCCUGCCAGUGGAGCCCAUCAGCAGCCUGGACGACGCUCCCAUCACCGACACCCUGCGCAGGGUUUUGAGGCGGCGGCGCUACGCUCUGUCUCCGGCUGACAGUUACUGCUGGUCGUCGGUGGCCCGCGGCUGCAGCACCCUGCUCAUCUCCCACAGCGCCUCCCAGCCGCUCAGCUACCUGCCCCCCCUCCUCUCCCACAUCCAGCUCAGCUCCUGCUUCUCCUGCUGCACCUCCAGCACCGGGCCCGUCACGGUGCUGGUGUGUCCCGGCUGGGAGAAGGUCCAGGCGGUGUCGGACCUGCUGGAGGAGAAUCAGGUCACUCACAGCCUCCACCCCGUCACCGUCCUGCUGGGCGUCGGCAAAGACGAGGCCAAGGCCGUCAAGAUCCCCAAAAACUGCCUGCUGCUGGUCACCACGCCCUUCACCCUGGUGCGUCUGCUGGCCUCCCACUGCUUCCUGUUCCUGCGUCUGUGCCACCUGGUGCUGGACGAGGUCGACCAGCUCUUCUCUGUGGCUCCAGACCAGAUGGCGACCAUCUUGCAGCAUUUCCAGAAGGUGAUCUCCAGCGAGGAGACCACUUCCUGUCCCCAGCAGCUCGUUGCCGUGGCGAAACACUGGAGCAGUCACAUGGACAGUCUGCUGGCCAAUCACAUGCCCGAUCCCUGCGUCAUCAUCACAGCUGCUGAGGAAGCUGCUCUCUAUGGGAACGUCCAGCAGAUGAUCCUCCUGGCUCUGGACAGCAGCAAAGCCUCCGUGCUGCUGGGAGCGCUGGACUUCAGCCCCGAGGUCGGCCAGAAGACGCUCAUCGUCGCCAACUCGGCCGAGGAGGUCGAAGACGUCUGCAAGGCGGUGACGUGCACCUCGGCGCUCUGCCUGAAGACCCACGAGCGACUGACCCACCAGUUUGACUCCGUCAUCCAGCAGUGGAGGAAAACCCCCGGCCGCGGCACGCAAGUCAUCCUGGUGACGACCAACGAGUGCCUGGUGUCUCUGGGCAUCACCGACGCCACCUGCGUCGUUCACUACGGCUUCCCCUCCUCACCCCGGCUGUUUGGCAGCCGGCUCGCCUGCAUGGUCGACAACUUCAGAAACGUCUGUGACACGGAUCAUACAGAGAGCUGCUCCCAGCCCGUCAGGUCGCUGCUGCUCAUCUCGGAGAGGAACAGCCGCCAUGUUGUGGGCAUCCUGCGCUACCUGAAGCGGACCAACGCCCUGAUGCCGCCGGAGCUGCUGUCCUUUGCCCGGGGCGUCCACGUCGCCCGCGAGGAGCAGAAGAACAACCAGCCGCUCUGCAGCUUCCUGAAGAGCUUCGGCGUCUGCAGGGACAGCAGUGUGUGUCCGCACCGUCACCGGUUCAAUUCCCAGCUCGAUCACUCCGUUCUUCCUGCCUCUGGAAUCAUACAAGUUUUGCCGCUGUACAUCAAGACGGCGUCUGUUUACUGCGGCCGCAUCGUCAGGAAGGACGAGGGCGGUUUCGACAGUCUGGCGUCCGAGAUGGCCGCCUACUACGCCGAGAACAAAACUCCAGCCAAGGAGCCGCAGGAGGGAGGACUGUACGCCGUGCAGGAGGACGAGCGCUUCCACAGGGUGAAGGUGCUCUCUGUGCCGGACAGAGGUGACCGCCUGUUUUUCAGCGUCUUGGCCUACUUUGUGGAUGAGGGCAGGGAGGAGGAGGUGAAGUCCCACCAGCUGCUGCAGCUGCCGGCCCAGUUCCACUCCCUGCCCGGCCAGGCCGUGGAGAUCAUCGUCUGCCAGGUCAAACCUGCCGACGCCGAGCCCGACUGGCACCCAAAGGUCACCAGAGCCAUGAGCCAGAAGAUUCGAGGUCUGCAGCACCGAGCCAGAGCCGUCCUCAGCCUGGGAAACACCGUCUUCGUCGAUCCCAUGGUCCGUGUGACCGAGGUGCCGGGCAUGAAGACGCUCAUCAACGAGUACAACGUCCAGUCGGAGAUCCUGAGCAGCGGGAUGGGAGUAAGCAACCCGCAGCACGUGGACCUGCUGAAGGCGCUGUGCCGGGAGGGCGUGGCCGCACACGGAGAGGAGGCCAGUCACGUCUCCGGGUUGGACGGUGGCACAUGGGCUCUGGAGGUCAGGAUGCAGGAGGUGGAGGAGGAGCUGGCUGAGGCCUUCAGGGCAGCGGAGAGCAGGAAUUUGGCCAGUUUGCCCGGCGGCGCUCCAGACGCUGCUGCGCUGCAACCGGAGAAACCAGUCAGUCCAGAAUCUGACCCAGACCUGGUCCCAGCUCCACCAGCGCUCCCAGCCCUCGAGCUCCACGACGUCCCAGUUUGUGAUGAGAAUUCUAAGUCAGACGUCCGGACAACGGAGCAGAUAGUGAGGAACGGAGACAUUCACGGAUUUUCAACCAAAACCAUCCUGGACGCACAUCUCGCUCCGUGUGAAAAUGGUCUCCCUAUCGAUGAAAACCAGCACAACAGUACGCAGAUCAUCAGUAAAGAUAAACUGCUCAGCACUGACUCUCAGAUCAGUUUCCACCCGCAGGUCCGCUGGUACCAGAGGGCCGACUGCAUGGUGCUGACGGUGAAGCUGAUGAGCCCGGAGUGCCAGCGCUGUGACUUCUACCCUGACAGAGUGGUGUACAGCGGCAGAGUGAAUGGUCGGGUUUACCGAGCCGACCUGGAACUUCACGCCAACAUCGCUGCUGAUCGCUGCUGCUGGGAAAUGAAAUCCAACGAGCCGGUCAUCAAACUGGUCAAACAGCAGCAGGGACACUGGGACCGACUCCUCAGGAACAAGAAUAUUUUUGUGAGUUAUGACCUGGAGCACAUCGACGAGGAAGAGCCAACACCAAACGGUGUGCGCUUUGUGGGGAACACGGGAGAGGACGGCUGGUACGUGCACUCAGACAGCGACAGCGACAGCGACUGAAGACGGCCAGCAUCACAAAACAGAAACUCGUCGACCUUCACGUCUCCUCCCAGCCUCGCUGUGUCCUCCACGGUCCUGCAGGGCCCACGGGAAUAUUUUGACCCCUGUAUUAACGGGUUUCAGUCAUGUGGCUUCUCUGUUGUGGCUGAUUCUUGAGAACCAGACGCACUUUUCAGCAGUUACAUGUCACAGCAACAGAAGGCAUGUUGUUGUUUGGAUUUCAUCCUCAAGAUGGCACCAUGUACCUCACAUGCUGCCACCAGAUCAAAUCAAACAUCAGCCAGCAUCACUUUUCUGAAUAUUUGUAGUUUAUAUUGUAGGUUACUGUAGCUGCGGGUUAACUGGAAUCAAAUUUAGUGCGUUGUUUGGAUAUCCAUUUAACCCUCCUGUUCAAAUUUACCAAGAUCAUUUAUGUUUGGGGUCAAUUUGACGCCAGGAGUUUAAACCUCAACAAAAUUAUUAUAGUUAAAUUGUUACCAAAGUUUAUGUGUCAGGUACUUUAUGUGUCUUUGUUGGCUACCUACAUAGCCCUUUAAAUAAAACAUAACCCCCCCGCCCCCCCUCGUGUUUUUAUGGCCGUGGCCGGAGGCGUCAUGUUUUCAGUCCCGUUCUCACACGAUAUCUCAGGAACGGCUUGAGAGAAUUUCUGCAAAUUUGGCGUAAAUAAAAUCUUAGACUCAAAAUGAACUGAUUCGAUUUGGGUCAAAGGUCACUGUAACUUCACAAAACACAUUUCUGGACAGAACUCAGCAGUUCAUACACUAAUUAAUUUUCACAUAAAUGUCAAAUAAGCUAUAAACAAACACCACUGUGUGUGAAACUCCUCACCAUCACUUCAAAGGCAGAAUGAGCAGAAUCUGUCACUGCGGUUUGUAAACACAACAUUCAGUCGGCCCUUCCUCCCUGGUUUUCAUUUCCUAGGACGGCGAUGGAAUGUUUUCCAUCACCAUCCUAGGAAAACAGCCUCCUCCUCUCCCUCAGGGCUCGCCAGCGGGUGAAAGCUGACCAGCUUCGUCUGCCCGGCGUUUCUCCUGUUUUCUUCGCUUCCUAUUGGAUGUUGUGCUACGAAUCUGGCAAAACGCUGCGCUGUGAUUGGCUGGGAGCGACACACCUGCUGCCCAAAGGCCGACGCCCAAAAGAGUCCCGAGCUCAGCAAAACAAGAAAAUCCAGGCAGAGGGCAGCAGGUUGUCCUAACAUCAGUGGAAACCAGCAGAAAGGAGGAGGUUAGGGCUGCGGCUAAUGUUAUUUUCAUU